CUCUGGACAGCAGCACCCAUCUGUGCCCACGCUCAGGUCUAGAGAACGUCGUUCUGGGUGAUGUGUUUCCAGUUUUUCAGUCCUGAAGCAAUAGAGUUCACGUAUACGAUACUCUAGGCACAUCCGAGCAGACAGUGGGGUAAGGGCGGCUGGUGUCAGCCCGGCCACGGCCCCUGCCGUCAGUUCCCACAGAGCUGACCGUGGUCCCGGGGCCCCGAGAGGCAGCUCUGCUGCAGCCAGGAGCCCACGACCUGGCAGGCUUCCACGGCUUCCCCGGGCGCUCCCACGCUUCAGACGCCCAGGGGCCCUGUGGCUCUGCCUUUGUGGUGGAACCAGGCUGCGUUCCUCCUGGGAUGUCACGCCCUCUGAUUCUGUUCUAUGUCCCCUCUUUACUGCCCAGUCUCUGGUGGGGGGGGCCCAGGCUCUGUUUGGAGAAGCACCUCCUCCAUUACCUGGCCCUGGGCUGAGCCCUGACCUCCCUGGGUCCCCCACGGGCUCCUCCGAGUGCGGCUCAGCCUGAGCUGCCGUCCGCCCUCCCGCGCCCUCUCCCGCCUCCCCGUUGGCCUGGUGAGCCUGUCCCCCACGCGGGCUUCCAGCCGUCCGCCUCCCCUGAGGUUCUGCCUGUGGCCCUGAUUCAGUCCAGCUUGCGCACUUGAUCCUGGGGCGUCUGUUUAAGGCUGGCUCCAUGCGGACUGGAGCUCCCUGCCCCCCAAACACAGGCUGAGUCUGUCCCGGGGUCCCGCAGUCAGGAUGUCCUCGAGGCCCCUGCGUCAGACUUGGGCCCAGGACACCAGUGCUGGGGUGGCAGCCCCCACACCCCUGUCCAAGCCUCCGAGAGACGGAGCCCGCUGGCUCCCACCGCCUGCCCAUCCUUGGGGCGGCGGCCAGCCGGGUGUCCGGGUGGGGGGCACUUGCCCUCCACGUCCCCCAGCAGCGAGUCUGUGUCCACGUGGCUGCGGCCCUCAGCUGCUGGGGCCAGUGGCAGCAGAGGUGGCAGUGUCGGUACCUCUGGGCAAGCCUCACGGGCUCGGGGUUUCUCUUGUCCCGGGCUCGGGCCUCGGGUGGGGGCUGUCCUGUCUACCCCGACAGAGGAAACUGAGGCAGGAGCCGGAGGCCAGGGCCCUGAGGGAGGUGGUGGGGGAGGCCGCAGGCUGGGCUCCGACCCCGGUCACAGAGCCAGCCGCAGAGAGACAGGCUGCAGCACCUCAGACCUGGCCGCCUGGGGCCCCCGCAUGGUGUGGACGCGCUGCCCGGGCCCAGGUCGCUCGGGGCCUGAGCUCUGCAGGCUCCUCCCGCUCCUCGGCCUCUGCGUCUCCUCUCCUCUCCUCCUCCCUGUCUCUCCCUCGUUUUCUGGCACAGACGUCCAGCGAGCGCUUGUCCCAUGCUGGUCGCUUGCGGAGCCCUGAGGAUGCACUCCUGGGGACACGGCCCUGCCCUCGGGGUGCGUGGGGGUGGGGGCGACGGCCAAGAAGGCAGCUCCCAGUGAGCCUCUGGCCAUCCUGUCCUGUUCUUACUCCUGCUCUGCCUUGCAAACUCCUGUCCAUCCUUUAAGACCCUGCUGGGCUCCCCCAGAGCCGCUGGGCUCCCCCAGAGCAUGGGGCUCCCUGAGAGUUGAGACGACCAAGCUUGGGUUCUCCCCAGCCAGCAGACGCGGGCACAGACGCCCCGUGGCCCAGAGUCCCAUCCUUGUCUUUCUAGGAACCUGAAGGGUGUUGGGGUCCCAUGAGACGUGCCUCCCGGCCCGCGUCCUCCACGCAGACCUGGGCCCGCACGCCUGAGCUGCGUGUUACUCUCUGUCCCCCCAGGAGAUUAGCAUGGAGCCCUCACCCCUGGCUCCCAGAGCCCAGACGCUCGGGCCCCGUGGGCGGAUGCUGCCUCCUGGCUGCGGCCUCCAGCUUGGGCCAUCGGCCCAGACGGGGCAAGGUGGUGACUGCAGGGCCGUCCCUGCAUCAGCCUCAGAGGCUCCUCUAGCAGCUGGUGGGCUCGGGGCGGGCUGGGAGCCUGUGGUGUGGGCCUUGGGGGCGGCCGCGUGUGGAGGACCAGAGGUGCUCCGUCAGGAACCCGGGGGAGAGAGUGGCCAGACGCAUCAUGACCCUGGCAGUCAUCUCUGCUCCGGGUCUGAAUCGCAGCUUUUCUCGGCCUGGAGCUGUGCUUCUGGCCCUGCCUUCAGGGGUGGGGAAGUGACCCCGGACCAGGGACUGGCUGUGUGUGAGGGUUCUGGGGGCCUCUGUAAGGGCGUGGGGGGCAGAGGCCGGGUCCACUGCAUUGUGACCCUGAAGCCCCCAAGACCCGGGCCCCCCUCGGAGGCCCCACCCUGGCCUUUAACAGGAGGGCCUGGGGUGGCCUUCCAGAGCCCCCCGCCCAGCAGUGUGCUGGGGGAGCGGCUGGGGGAGCGGAUGCCAGAAGCACCAGCUCGGUUUAAAUUACGGUUUUCCAGGGAGAUUCGGACAGUGCCAGCCGCAGCGUGUGUACCGCCGAGAGCUAUAAUCCGUCCUCCUAAGUAUAAAAAUAUCUCCCAAUUUGUUUUAUUCAUGGAACAUAGCAUUUCCACUUGGAAGGGCACUCCACGGCCAGCUUCGUGGCUCAGGAGCGCUGUUCCUCCCCGCCCGGCCCUCCAGGCACCUGGGGCUUUGGGGCCUCCUGGGGGGCGCCUGCUGCACCCGGCUCUGCCCCCGCCCAGGGCCCCUCCCGCCUUACCAGACGUCUGUGGGCACGGCCGCGUCCAGCCUCCAGAGGUGGGGGCUCCUCGGGGGACGGGGCACCCCAGGCCGUCUGGUUCCAUGGGUCACUGUCGGUCAGUCUGCUUGCCUGGUGUUCUGGUUUUUAUUUUUUAGUCGGUAAAGUACACACACCGUAAAGGUUGCCGUCUUAACCUUUAGGUGUCCAGUUUGGGUCCAUGAGCACAUUCACACUGUUACAUGGCCCUCCCACCACCAUCUCCAGAAUGUUCUCAUCUUCCCAAACUGAGACUCUGUCCCCAUUAAAGUCUAACCCAGGGCCCUCCCCCAGCCCCUGCCCCAAUCCCCCACAUUCCAUCGUCUCUGUGGACCUGACGCCUCCCGGGGUCUUGUAGAAGCAGAAUCACACAGUGUCUGCCCUGCGCUGGGCUUAUCCCACUGAGCGUCGCCUCCACAGGUUGGUCCACGCUGCAGCAGGCGGCAGAGCCCUGAGCCUGUCCGCCGAGUCACGGGGAGGACCCCUGUCUUGUUCAUCAGCGAUCAUGCCCGCCUGUGUGGUUGCCGCCGUGACCGGCACUGCUGUGGACGAUGGGCCAUGGGGGACCUGGGUGUCCUGCUCUGGGUGCCGUCUGCUGACCGGUCACUUUCCUGGGUGCAGGGCAGCUGUGGCCCCAAACCAGCUGUGAAGCUUUCCUGUAGCAUCUCACCCACAGGGGGCGACUGGGGGCCCUUCACCCUUUUGGGUCUCUGCGGGGGGCCUGGAGACCCCAUUGUGGUCAGAGGCUGCUCUGGAUUUGGGGGACAGGUGACCCAGAGCCCCCCGUGGUGCUGGUGCCAUGACAACAGCUUGGGGAGGGCACCGCCCUCAGGCACACCCCAUGCUGGGCCCCUGACGGGCUGCAUGGUCACCCUGGAGCAUGCGGCCCUGCAGACGGGGUGGGGGCACGAUGGGGUCCUGCCUGUGGACCCCCGGGGAGUGUAAGUUCUGCGGGGGAGGGCGGGGGAGGCCCGGGAGUGUGGCGGGUCCUCGGAGGGAACCGAGCUGGUGGCCGGUCACUUGGGGAGAGGAUGCUGACCCCACGUCAUCACCCAUGUGGCUCGGGCUCUGCAGACAGGGUCCAGCAGGGAGACUCGGGGAGCUGCUCUCAAGCGAAAUGGAUCAGUCAGCCCCCUACCCCACCAGGCUCUUGGGUCAAAGAGGCCUGAGGCUCGUGACCCGGUUUAUCCUGGAAGAGCAGCCGCGGACCUGGACUCACCCGCCCAGAUGCCCCCACUCUUUGUGGCCGGAGCCUGGGACGCGGAGGAGCUGGGCCAUUAACUUUUCCUCAUCACCUGUGGAACCAAAAACAACAGCGGCUGGCAUGCCUGGCUUGCUUCCUCGCCCCGGCGGCUCCGGGUUACGUGGGAAAUACCUGCGGGAGGGGUGGGUCUGAGGUUGCAGGACACCACCCCCUCCAGUGAGUGGAUCUCUCAGUGACUGUCUCCACUUACCCAACAGUUGCUUCAAUGGAUUUUCUAUUUUCUGUGGCAUUGCAUGUUGAACUGAAGUGUCCUUGUGGGUGGGAGCAGGCGGUCAGGCAGCCCUGUGUGUCCUGGCUGUCUAGAUUGGUGGGGCUGGGACCUUCUGAAGCCCCCCUGCUGACGGUGGUUCUGCUUUGGGGCUGUCAUUAAGCAGAUUCCUGUGUCUUCAGCCACCACCUCCACCUCUGUCCAAAGUUGGGACGAGAGCUGGUCUGUGGUGGGCGGGCGUCAGCGUCACCUGCCGACAUCCUGGGCCGCACCCCUGGGGCUCUGAGUCAGAAGGUCGUUGUUGGGGAGCAGGUUUCCAGGUGGAUUCUUUGCCAGCUGAGCCACCAGGGAAGCCCUUGAGAACGAUCGCAUCUGGAUAAUCAUUGCCCACCGGUGGUCAGUAAGCCCCUGCGAACCGGAAUCCGUGUGCUUUCCGCUGCUGAAGCCAGUGGUGAGAACAUGUGGGCCACCCCUGGUGCUGGGGUGACCUGGGGUGACAGCGACUGAAUGGACCAACGGGAACAGCAGCUG